UCGGCUGUGCAAUCGAUGUUUUGACAGCUCCAGAAGUCUCCAAACUGACAACUACGAGGCAACAACACAAACAAACACAGCCAGUGCACUUAGUAGUCUAGCGUAUAAAUAUGUGGGAGACAUCCCACAUAUAGUAUUGAUAUUGAGAACGCGAAGCAAACACAGACGCGCCGUGCACAUAUGCGUAAAAAACUAGCUGGCAACAACGGGAGCGAGUCCGAGUACGAAGAAAUCCAGCGAAUCGAGGCGCUGCGAGUAGAGUGAAUAUAUUCGUAGCGCUCUGUUUUCGGGCGAAUAAUGUCGGGCUCGGUGAUAUGCGUGGAUUUGAGCUCGGAGUCCGAUGAAGAGUCGCCACCAGGAGCCAAAAAACGACGACUGGAGGAUUCCCUGCGACUGUUGCCGCCAACCGGAAAACAAAGUUUCCCACCCAAACUUGUGAACAUACCAAAGGCCUCCCUAGGAUCCGUGAUAGGAGCACCAGGCUUAGGAGCAGGACCUGCAGUGGCACCAUCGCUCCCGGCCGAUCCCCUUCGGUCCAUGCACAUACCCAGUGGCAUCACAGUCACCAAGCACCAGAAGAACGUCCUGACCACAAAUGGAAACCUGACGAUUUCCCUUGCUGAGAGCAACAACAAUAACAUCAACACCAACAGCUUCAACAAUGUGAACGCGAAACAGGUCAAGAUCGGGGCCGCCCAGAAAGUGGCCUGGUCGGUGAGCAGCAAGGCGCCCAGUCCGAAUGCCCUGAUAACCGCGGUGCCCAGUCACCAGGUGCGGGUGACGCCCGGCAACCAAAUUCGACUAGCAACCGGGGCCAAAGUCGUCCAGCCACCGAUGGGAGUAGCUCCGAAAACCAUUCCUGCGAAGAUUCAGUUGCCGAUCGGGAUGUGUCAGCCUCAGCAGCCAACUCAGUCGCAGCAGCACAAGCCAAUUACGCUUAGUUUGGCCAAGCCAAAACCUUUAAUGGGCCAAAACUUGCUACAACAGCAGCCACAGAAAGCACCGGCUGUACAGAUCCAACAGAAGGUUGUUGCGGGACAGCCGCAACAGAGGUAUUCUCUGGGCUCACUGCAGAGACCGCAGGGUCUCCAGCAGCAACAACACAGACCGCCGGGCCCCCAGCAACAACAACAAAGACCGCCGGGCCCCCAGCAGCAACAACAGAGACCGCCGGGCCCCCAGCAGCAACAACAGAGACCGCCGGGCCCUCAGCAGCAACAACAGAGUCCGCCGGGCCCCCAGCAGCAACAACAGAGACCGACAGGCCCUCAGCUGCAACCACAGAGGCUGCUGGGCCCCCAACUGCAACAGCAACAGAAGCCACUAGGCACCCAACUGCAACAGCAGCAAAAACCGCUGGCGGGACCGCUACAGCAGUCUGUUAAACAGAAAGCGCCGGUCGGACAACAAUUCAAGCAGCAACCAAAGACUUUCAUCGGGCAGCAGCAAGCAAAGGCUAUCGUCGGGCAGCAGCAACCAAAGGCUCUAGUCGGCCAGCAGCAAGUCCAACAACAGCUCCUGCAGCAGCAACAGCAAAGAUUCUUGCUGGGACAGCUGCAACAGCAGCAGCAGCAAUCGAAAAGAGCGCCUGCAGGACAGCUUCAGCAGCAACAGAAAGUCGUUACAAGCCAAUUCCAACAGCAACCAGUGCCUCAGAAGACGAUCGUGGGACAAAUUGAACAGCAACCGAAACCUCUUCUAAGUCAAACCCAGUUUCCGAAUGCAACGAUAGGUUUGCUGCGCCAGCAGCCACUCCAGCCAAACCCAGCGGCGGUGGUCCAAAAGCAGUCACCGAAAUCGCAGAUGGCUCAGCAGCUACUUAAUUCGGUGAUGGCCGCACAGAGCCCAAUCCAGCAGCCUCAAUUCAUUCCGAGACCUUCUCUGCCCGUCGUCAACGAAAUCACACACAAAUCGAUGACGAUACAGAAACUACCUAUGUUGCAGAAGUCCCCGACGUCGACGAAGGUUCCUCCAAAGCAGAUACUGCCCCAGCAGACGCCACCACCCGCUCAUAUAGUGCAGAAGCCAUCACCCACACACGCGCCGAUGAUAAGUCCUCCCUUCGCACACCGUCCACCGAUAGUGCGACCCGCAACGGUGGCUAAGAUCACGCCUGUGCCUCCAAACAGCAGAGCCAGCUUCCCUUUGAAGCCACAGAUGCCUGGAGGAGUCAGCGCCGCAACCCCAGUCAUGAGUGCGGCCCGCACUCUGCCUUUUAGAAGCACUCAGCACAAGUCGGCCCCGCCUUUAAUGACAUCGACUCAUCUUCAGGGAUUCACAACGAGUGCAACGCCUCCUCAGCGACUGCUGGCCACUCCACCGCACUGUGCGGCCGCUUUAAACGAGCCCCUGCUGCUGAACCUGCCGCCCACCACCAGCAUCACGCCCCAACUGACGCCCACGACAACGCCGCCGCCCGCUGGAAUUCCGGCUGCAGUGCAGCAACAGCAUAUAGCCAAGGCGGCGGCCUUCAAGUUGAACUCCCUGCCCGGGGCGAGCAUUUCUCCGGUGACAAAACCUGCGGCUAGUGGCGCCAAGCGCAUCCAGCCCAUCACGGUGCUCAAAAAAUCCGACGACGAAUGGCAAAGGCAUAUGCUCGAGCAGCAGCAGCAACAGCAAAAGCAGCGCGAGCAAUUGCAGUCCACCUCAGUGCCCACAAUUGUGCUUGUGGAGUCUCCGCCCACAACCCCGCCAACAGAGAAACAGGAGACGGAGCCUAGGACGAGUGCUGUGCAAAAAACCCAGUCGAUAAAAGUAGAUAAACAACCCAGUAAAGUGAGAACACCUGCAACGAAAACUCCUCUGGCAAAAGCACCAAUCACCGAUGUUACGGAAAUUGUGGAUUUAGAUGCUAUUCCAGAGAGUCCGCCAGAAAAGCGAAGGAAAGAAGAAUUUAUUCCCAUUAGGAAGCCCAAUCAUGAAUCGCCAUCCGCUUUUGUACAAGAAAGACCGGCAAAAAAGCGAAUAAAGGAAGUUUCCACUCCCACUCUAAUAGCCAAGCCCAAGGAAGCAUCGCCUCCAGCAAAGGCCCCUUUUAUUGCCGAGUACGCGGCCCUUAUCAAGUUGUGUCGCGAGGUGGACAAGGGGGAGGACAUGGAGCGCCUGGCCCAGGGAAAGCUGACCAAGUACUACUACAGUGUGCAUGAGAGCUUCGUGGUGUCCCGGGGCUUUCGCAAGUUUCUCGAAGCGGCCACGACGCGGAUCAGGAACGAGCCGGAGAUGGUGUACUUUCACCUCAAGCACGUCGUGGAUGAACUAAAGGCGCGCCGGAAGGCCGUAAUUGUUGCUAGGGAGAAGCCUUCCAGAGAGUCCGUGCCGCAAAAACCAUCCACAUCUCAGAAGACUCAGCCGGAGGAGAAGGGAUCAAUGGAGCGGGAGCAGAAUCCGGAACGAGAAAAAGACCAAGAAGUGGAAGAAAUUCAGGACGAAGAGGAGGAAGAGCCCGAACCCGUUUCCCCCACCACCGACAGACGAAAGGAUGAGCGCAUUCGGAAGCUAAACCGCACCCUGUACACAAUUACCAAGCGGAUUAAAAUGUUGGAGGAGGCGGACGUAGACCUUAACGACGAUGACUCCAGCUAUCUGCAGGUGGAGCGUUUCAAGAAGCGAGCCUGCCAAAUAUACGAGAAAAUCUGUGAUCUAACCGGCGAGAGCAAGAGCGCCCGCCGCCAGCUAAAACAGCCGAUUCAGUUUAAGGACACGGCCUAUCCCCAGUUCAACCGGACCCUAUCGGCGUUUGUCAACCGGAUGAGGGAGUUCCCCGACUACCACGAUGUCCUCCAGCUUCUGGAACAUUGCAACAAGGAGAAGGAACUAGGACUAGCCAGCUUUGAGAUGAAGAGAAUAGCCUACGAUGCCUUUGCCAAAGUGGGAAAGAUGUUGCAGUCCCGUCGGAAGACCGAUCUCUACGAAACCGUCACGCACUUUACGUCAAAUGUCAAAGACCCAGCCGCCAGCGAUCCCGAGCUGCUUGCCAAGCUAAAGGAGAACAACAAGAAACAAACCAAAAUAAGUGAUGUCCUAGAAAAGUAUGCCCGCGAGCAGGAUCUCAAUGCGGAGGAGCGUCAAGAGGCGCGUCUGAAGGAGAAAAAGCUGAGGCAGGAAAAAGCAGACGAGGAGGCCGCCAAGCUGGCUGCGUUGACGGAGGAUGACGACAAGCCCUGUACAAGUGCUCAGGCAGCAGCAAAGGCGGCUGCCCUCGCCGCCCUAAUGAAAAGCACAUCAGCUCGGCAAAAGGAGAUGGAGGCAAAACAGUCCGCCAGUGUAAAAAUGUUUAAAGAAGACGACGGAGAGGACUCUGAGGAGGAGUCGGACUCGGAGGACGAGGACGUGGACGACUUCGUGGAUAACUUCAAAGCUAACGGCGAAGUUAGUGACGUCGAAUCCGAAGCGGAGACGGAACCAUCACCAAAGAAAGAUGCGCUGGGGACCGACGAAGGGGAUUUAAUAGAUAUAACGAGAUCCGAGACUGGCAGCAAGAUUGACGAAGCCCCGCCCAACGGAACGCUGAAGAUAAUGUCCGUCUCUAGUCUGAACGCCAACUUCCUCAACGGGCAAGAUCCAAUCCCAAUGCCCAUACCAAUCCCGAUUGAUAAGCCUGUCAUUGCCGCCGAGAUAAUAAUUUCGGACGAGGAAUCGUAGAAUGAGUCGUACCCGCAGCCCUGUCUGCGACCCUAGUUAAGUUAUUUAUUCAGUUUUCCCGUUUAUUCCUGAUAAGGUUUAACUUUAUUUUCUCCUAAACGACAAAUAAUCCCAUUUUGUAUGGUGAUAGU